CCCUCCCUGUAUCCCAGCCUCGUCUCUAUGGCUACUACCCUCACGUGACCCGCACUUCCUGUAUGCCGAGCCUCGCACCUGCCGCCACUCCUCCUCACGUGACCCGCACUUCCUGUAUGCCAAGCCUCGCUCCCAGCUGCGCACCCUCUGACCUCUUUCACUCACCUUUCCCUGGUGAUUGCUGCCAGUGACCGGGCUACCCUGCUACAGUAAGUUCUGUCCUUCCUUUGCAAGGUGUAGACUACUGUGCAGUGAGGACCAAGAGCCUGUUUUACUGAGAAUCACAUCAGGGUGUGAACUGUCCUGUAUAAAUCUCAGUCACUGAGGAUGGACAUAGACAGGAGUCACAUGACUGAGAGAAUACUAAGUCUCACCCUGGAGAUCAUCUACCUGCUUACUGGGGAGGAUUACACAGUAGUGAAGACAUCCGGUGAGUGUGAGACACCCAGCAACCGACCAUGUGUGUCAGGAGAACUGAGGAUGUCCCAGAGCCGCAUCACGGUGCCUCGCCCUCACUCACUGAUACAUGAGAGACACAAUGAUCAAAAGAUCCUGGAACUCACCAACAAGAUCAUUCAGCUGCUAACUGGAGAGGAGGAGGAGUACAUAGAGGAAUACAGGGGUCUGUACAAGGACGUGAUGAUGGAAAAUCACUGGCCCCUCACAUCACUGGAUGGGCCCAAUAACAGAGAUACCCCAGAGAGAUGUUCCCGUCCUCUGUAUUCCCAGGACUGUACAGAGGAGAAUCACUGGAUCCCACAGGAGAAUCCGGCAGAAGAUAUUAAGCGAGAAAGAGAGACAUAUGUGAGAGGUGAUCGGCAGUGUAAGGAGGAGGAAAUCCCUACAGAUAUCAGCACAGCAGAUGGAGGCACAAGCUGGAAGACCUCGGAGGAAGAUCUCAUUUUAUUUCCAGAUAUUAAAAUACAAGCUAUCAUAACACAGGAUUCUCUAGGAGACAUCCCAAUUUCUCUAAAUAUACAUCCAGUACCUCUCAGUACUGAUAUAUCAUCUGAUCCCUCUGAUCAUGAGGAAUGUUCUCCCGAUAACUCAACUAUUGCGACUCAUAGUGCUGAUAUAUCGUCUGAUCCCUUUAAUCAUGGGGAAUGUUCUCUCGAUAACUCAAAUACUGUUACACACAGUGCUGCUCUUACAGGUGAUUCAGUCUUUACCUGUUCUGAAUGUGGUAAAGGUUUUGUACGUCAGUCAAUGUUGGUUAGACAUCAGAGAUGUCACAGAGGUGACAGGCCUUUUCCAUGUCCUGAGUGUGGGAAAUGUUUUACACAGAAAUCAAAUCUUAUUCUACAUAAAAGACUUCACACAGGUGAGAGGCCAUUUCCAUGCUCUGAGUGUGGGAAAUGCUUUAUACAGAAAACAAAUCUUACUCUACACCAGAGAACUCACACAGGUGAGAAACCAUAUGCAUGCUCUGAGUGUGGGAAAUGUUUUACACAGAAUUCAGCUCUUGUUACACAUCAGAGAGGUCACACAGGUGAGAAACCGUUUCUAUGCACUGAGUGUGGGAAAUGUUUUACAUACAAAGCCGAUCUUGUUAAACAUCAGAGAAGUCACACAGGUGAGAGGCCAUUUCCAUGUUAUGUGUGUGGGAAAAGAUUUAAACAGAAAUGUGUUCUUGUUAGGCAUCAGGGAACUCACACUGGUGUGAGACCAUUUCCAUGCUCUGAGUGUGGGAAAUACUUUGCACAGAAGUCAAAUCUUGUUAUACAUCAGAAAAUCCACAUAAGGAAGAACUGAUUGUCAUGUAGUGUCUGGGUUGUAGGAGUGCGUGUCUGAGCAGGAAUAUUCAUGUCUUAAUGGAGCUUUUUAGUACUUGUGGGAUCUGAGGGUGUAUUUUAUGGCAUGUUGGACUACUUUGGAGCAAGUGUGGGACAUUUUAGGAUGAAUGGCGUGGGCUUGCCCAGGUUGUUUUCAGUUUUUUUUCUUUAGUUUUGAAAUAAAGGGAUGUAUAUGUGCCUUUUGAAUGAAUUCCACACAUGGUGCGGAUGCAAAUCACAAAGUUACUGUAUGUAUAAAGUUAAUGAUAAAAAACGAGCCAUGAUAAAGUAGGUAAAAUAUAUACAUCAGUCUGAUAGUGUAGUGCAGGGGUUCUCAAACUCGGUCCUCAGGACCCCACACAGUGCAUGUUUUGCAGGUAACCCAGCAGGUGCACAGGUGUAAUAAUUACUCACUGACACUUUUUAAAAGGUCCACAGGUGGAGCUAAUUAUUUCACUUGUGAUUUUGUGAGGAGACCUGCAAAACAUGCACUGUGUGGGGUCCUGAGGACCGAGUUUGAGAACCUGUGGUGUAGUAAAUGCGUAAAAUAAAACAAACCAAAAACCGAUCAAAUAACUAAACUUGAAAACUGUUGGGUUACAUCCAAUGAUGUAAGUUAAAGUGGGUUAUAUAUUGGUGUGUGAUGUACCUAAUGGGGCCAAUUCAAAUGUUUUGUGGGCGCCCAAAUGUAAUAUUCAGUUGUCUUGCACACAGUAAAGAACUUUGUAUUGCAUGAUGUCCACUGAAGUGGACAUGUGAUUUUACAUCAGCUGUUAAAAAUAAAUAAAUUGAGUGUUUGGAUCAAAA